AAUGAAUUAUGUAAAAUUUGAGGAUGAUAAAGAGGAUGGGAAUGGAAUAAGAAUGGAAUAGAUUUCAUCACAAAUAGAUUUGGAAGAAUUGUAAUUAAUAAUAGAUUUGAAUUAAGUGUAUGGAUUCACAAUAUUUUAAUGUGUAUAUGUAGUUCACUUAAAAAGAUAUAGAACAAUAUAGGAUGCUUAAAUAUAUUUAUAGUUUGAUGAAAUUCAUGGGUAUAUAGAUUAAGGGAAGAAUGAAUGUGUAAUUUGUAAUAAAGGAAGGUAAUUUCAUAAUAGAUUUGAUGAGAAUAGUGAGAAAUAAUUUAAAAAAAUAAAGGGUAUUAUAAAUAAUUUAUAUGAAAAUUAAUAAUGUUGUGUUUGUUACAUGUUGUAUUUAGACAAAGAUUUUGUGAAUAUAAAUAAAAAGAAACACUAGAUUUGUUAGAAUUGUUUUUAUAAUUACUUAAGAUAAUAAAUAGAGGAGAGUAGAGUAAGUAAUUUAAAAUGUCCACAUUGUGAUUUAGCAAUAAGAGACAUAGAUAUAUUAGAAUAAUCAGAAGAACUUUAUAGAAAAUAUAUAAAAUGUCAUUAAAAUUUGGAGAUAGCUAUAAAUAAAAAUAAGGCAUGGUGUCCAACAUUAAAUUGCAAUAAUGUGAUAGAAUUUAAAUAAGAUUAAAAGAUUUAAAGUUGUAAUUAUUGUAAAGUAGAGGUAUGUAAAGAAUGUAAAUAAAGAGCACAUCCUUAAUAAAGUUGUGAAGAUAAUUUAUAAUAAGUCUUAAAUGAAUGGUAAGAAAAUAGAGACACUCAAUAAUGUCCUAGAUGUAAAAUAAUAGUUGAGAAAAUAAAUGGUUGUAAUCAUAUGACUUGUUAAUUGUGUUAACAUGAAUGGUGUUGGAUUUGUGGUAGUGAUUAUACAUCAAUUCAUUAUGCAAUAUUCAAUCCUUUUGGUUGUCCUGCAUUAAUGCCAGGAUGGAUAAGAUAAAAAGAUUGGUCAUAUUUAAAACUAAUAAUAUGGAGAUUUAUUUGUUUUAUAUUAUUAAUAUUAUUGACUCCUAUAAUAGUAAUAGUAAUAGCUCCAAUAUUAUUUAUAACUAAAUUAAUUUAAACAAGAUUUUAUAGAGAUCAAAAUUGUUAUAUUAAAAGUUGUUUAUUAACACUUGCAUUUUUAUCAGGAAUAAUUGUUAUACCUAUAAGUAUAAUAGUUUUUGUGAUAGGUAAAUAUUAUUAUUAUUAUAAUUAAUAUUAGCAUUAUUACCUACUAUUAUUGGAUUAAUUGUGUUCUAUUAUGAUGAAAGAAAGAGAUUAGAAUUUAGACAUUAAACUGCUUUAUCUAGACAUUUCUAAUAAAAUGUUUGA